UGUUUUUGUAAUUUUGAAACUGAAAAAUAUUAUGUUUUAUAGAAGCAAACAGAAAAAUGAAAUACAAUUGUCAAUUUUGUGAGCACACUUCAGUUUGUUUUAAGUGGCUUAUUAAACAUAUGUGGGAUUUCCAUUCAUUAUCUCAAAAGUUUGCUGUUGUUUGUGGCGUUUCCAGUUGCAUAAAAAAAUUCAGAAAUGAGAAAAGUUUUCUGAGACAUCUGAAAUUAAAACAUGGAAACUUUUACCUUAAUCAUAUGAAAAGGUAUACAACUGAUUUUCCUGAAGCAGUGGGUACUUCAAAGCAGACUGAAGAUGAUGUAAAUUAUGAGACACUCAUCAACAAAGAUGCUAAUGAGGUUGAAUUGGAUGAUACCUGUUUUGAUGAUGUAUCUGAAUGUUCACCACUGUCACUUGAUUUCGAUUCAAUCAUUGCUGAUAUACUAGUCGAACUCAGAGAAAGGUAUUAUGUAACUCAAAACGCUGUUUCAUUCAUUUGUGAAAAAGUGUGCAAUAUUCUUCGCAUUGAUAGAGAAGUGCACAAAAAGCAAAUUGUUAAUUCACUAUAUGAUAAUCCUGGACCCUUAAUUCAUGAAGAGACAAAAAUAUUUCUUGAUUGUGAAAGUCCUUUCAAAAAAUCGCUUGAUAGAUUCCGAAAUGGGACAGUCUUGACUAACUUUGUUGCAAAAAAGCCUGAGUAUGUGGCCCCCAGUGAAGUUUUUCUUGGUUACAGUGACAGUGGUUCAAAAGAAACCAUGCAAGAGAUAGAUAGAUCUAUCUCUUGCAUUUUCAAGACAUUGAAAAGUAUGUUAUGCCAUGAAGAUGUAUUGGGUGAAGUUUUACAGCCGGUGACAGUGGAAUGUCAGAAUGGAAGAUUGAAUCGCUUUUCUGAUGGAUCAUUGCAUCAAGCUAAUUCCCUAUUUUCUCAUAAGCCAAAUGCACUACAAAUAGUCUUAUAUCAUGAUGAUUUCCAAGUUGCCAACCCUCUUGGGAAUAAAACACAUAAAUGUAAAGUUUCAGGAUUUUAUUUAAUAUUGGGAAAUUUAAAACCAGAGCACCGAUCAAGAUUGAAAGACAUUCAGCUAGCUUUGUUGUGUAAUGCAUCGUUAGUGAAAAAAUAUGGAUAUAAGACAGUAUUACAUGGUGACCACUGUCCUGGAAUGUCCUGGAAUGUCCUGGAAUUUAGUUUUUGUCCUGGGAUGUCCUGGAAUGUCCUGGACUUUCCUUCUUUUUUAGAGAUUGUCCUGGAAUGUCCUGGAAUUUAG